UUUUUGUAUUGGUUAGUUACGUUUCCGUUAUAGCUAUGGAGUUGGAGCACCCAACGACAGCGUUUCAUAACUCCUCCAUGACCUUCGACGAAGUCUCCAUGGAACGUAGCAAGAGCUUCGUCAACGCCUUGCAGGAACUUAAGAAUCUGAGGCCUCAACUUUAUUCGGCUGCAGAAUACUGUGAAAAAUCUUAUCUCCAUAGUGAACAGAAACAAAUGGUUCUUGACAACCUGAAAGAUUAUGCUGUAAGAGCCCUUGUGAAUGCUGUUGAUCAUCUUGGAACUGUUGCAUACAAGUUAACUGACCUUCUUGAGCAGCACACAUUGGAUGUCUCAACCAUGGAUUUGAAGGUCUCUACUAUAAAUCAGAAACUUCUUACGUGCCAAAUUUACACGCAUAAAGAAGGUCUUCGGCAGCAGCAGUUGUUGGCUUUCAUUCCCAGACAUCAUAAGCACUAUAUUUUGCCAAAUUCUGUCAAUAAAAAGGUACAUUUCAGUCCACACAUACAGAUUGAUGCAAAACAGAAUUCAUUUCAAACCAGAACUCGUUUUCAAUCUUCAGGUGCCCCUCCAGCAAAAACCCUUUCAUGGCAUUUAGCAUCAGAGACUAAGUCUACAUUGAAAGGGACUCCGCAUGCUUCCCCAAACAUCGAGAACCCAAAGUUUUCUGCCAAGGCCUCUGGAUUUUUCCACCUUUUAGAUAAUGAAGAGAGCACCUGGAUGAAAUCCUCACCAGCACAAAUUCACUUAACGAAUGGAGUUCCUACUUCUAGCAUACCUGUACAAACUUUAGGCGGCACACGCAGGGAUGCUUUGGAUGGUUCCAAACCAUUGACAGCGUUCAGGUCAUUUGACAACGCAAAUCGCCGUGAGUCUGACCAAACCCCUACUCGCAGCAGGAGCGUGCCAUCAGCUUUCUUUGUCAAGCAGAAAACACCAAAAUCAAAGGCCGGUUCUUUCUCAUGAUUCAUAAAUAUCUCCUAAGGCAUCCCUCUUCUGUGUCCAAUUACCCUUGGAUGUGUAGAUGUACUGGUUUUUUUUACUAUUUCUAGAUAAAAGGAUUGGAGAUGUUACUUUAUUCUACCUGGAUACUUAAUUCUUUUUCCUAUAACUAUGCCUCCCCUAAAUGCCCAGAAUUAAUUAGCUUUUGCUUCAAGCCUUUGAAUAAUGAUCAUGUAUAGUAACCGGCAAUGAUAAUGGUUAGUAUCUUGAUAUUCUACUCGCUCAA